CUGCUGACUUGUUACACAGUUGGUGUGGAUCUUAAAUCAUUCCUGUGGAAACAGGUAGUACGGUGAGACAUGGCAAGCAAGUCACUGCUCUUUCUCUUGCUAUUUGCCCUGCUAGCCUAUUAUUUUUACACUCCUCUCCCAGAUAAUGUGGAUGAGAAACUCACAGUCAUGUUGAUACACGGAAUGUUUAAAGCUCUUGGAUACAUGGCUUAUACAGCAGAGCUAUUUGGAAUCAAACAUUAUAUGGAUGGGAUGAUGCUUUUAACUCAUGUGGAGAACACAGAACCAGUAUCUGAUGAAAAUGUCUCCGUAACAGAUACCAUCUUUAGCAAUGUACCAGUACGGUUAUUUAUCCCCAAAGCAGCAGUCACUGCCUCAAGACGAGCAAUUAUUUAUAUUCAUGGAGGAGGAUGGUGCAUAGGAAGUCCAGCCAUGAAACCAACUGAUUUUCUGGGAAGAAACACAGCUCAGCAGCUUGAUGCUGUCGUUGUUUCAGUAGAUUACCGAUUAGCUCCCGCGUUUCAUUUCCCAACCCAAUUUGAUGACGUGUAUGCUGUGGCAAAGUACUUCUUGGACAAAAAUACUCUUCAGAAAUAUUCUGUGGAUCCAUCACGAGUGGCUGUAUCUGGUGACAGCGCUGGAGGAAACUUGGCUGCUGCAUUAGCUCAACAGCUGUUAAAUGACCCUGAAGUCAAAGUGAAACUUAAGAUACAAGUGUUAAUCUACCCAGCUCUCCAGGACAUCGAUUUGAACACUCCGUCCUAUCAAGACAAUGGAAACAUGCCUCUACUGUCCAAGUCGCUGAUGGUCCGUUUCUGGAAUGAGUACAUCACUACUGAUAGGACAUUGGGUGAAGCCAUGUGGCAUAACAAGCACAUCCCUGCUGAAGCUGAACAUGUCUUUAGAUAUGUAAACUGGAGCAUUCUAUUACCGGAGCACCUGAAAAAACAGCACGUGUAUUUGAAACCUGAAUUUGGACCUUCGCAUUUUGUUAAAAAAUAUCCAGCAAUUCUGAAUGUAAAAGCGAAUCCCUUAUUAGCUGAAGAUGAAAAGUUAAAGGGAUUACCAACAACAUAUUUAAUUACAUGCAUGUACGACGUCUUAAGAGAUGAUGGCUUUAUGUACGCAGCGAGGCUGAGAAAAGUUGGAGUCCAGGUGGAACAUGCUCAUUAUAGCAAUGCGUUCCAUGGCGUUCUUUUUUUUAAUACUUGGCCCUUUGAACUGAAAGUGGCACAUGACAUGCACAACAGCUACAUACAAUGGCUAAAUGACCGUUUAUAAGAAGCCCAGAUUGUAAGCUUGCCCAUUAGAUCGGAGGAGAAGCACCUGGGGGUAUUGUAGCAAGGCAUCCACCCUGCUAUUGGGUGCUGCACCCACAUACAUUCUACAUCCCAACUGCCAGGUGGGGCUGACAGAUACAUGUAAAAGGUCACCUGUAAUAUGUAGGCAAGUGACUGUUACAGUUCAGUUUGUGCAACAUUUUUGUGUCUUGGUAAAAUGAAAGAUAGUAUCUGACCCACCAUGGAUUGUAAUAUGGGUAUAGCAUAUACUGGAUAUUUUUUUAACUGUUAUUUUUUUUUAAGGAAAAUAUAACCACCUUUUUAUAAACUCUCCAGUACCAGUAUACAGGUAUAGGAUCUGUUAUCCAGAAAGCUUCAAAUUACAUAAAGGCCAUUACCCGUGGACUCCAUUUUAUCCAGAUUAUCCAAAUUUUUGAAAAGGAUUCCCUUUUUCUCUAUAAUAAUAAUAAAACAGUACCUUGUACUUGUACUAAAAUAUAAUUAUUCCUUAUUGGAGACAGAACCAGUCUAUUGGGUUUAUUUUCUAGUAAACUUAAGGUAUGAAGAUCCAUAUAACGGAAAUAACUGUUAUCCAGAAAACUCAAUUACCCAGAAAGCUCCAAAUUGCAGGAAGGCUAUCGCCUAUAGAGUUUAUUAAAAGCAAAUUAUUAUUAUUUUUAGGCAUUACUUCUUUUUUCAGUACCAUGUACUUGAUGGUACCGAAGCUACGUGAAUCUAUAUUGGUGGCAAAGCAAUCGUAUUGGGUUUAUUUAAUGUUAAAAUGAUUUUUAGAAGACUUACAUAAUGGUGUUCCAAAUUACAAAAAGAUCCCGUAACCAGAAAAUCCCAGGUCCCAAGAAUUCUGGAUAACAGGUCCCAUGCCUGUAUUGUGCAUCAGCAGACAGGUCUGGGUUUACAAAAGAGGGAGUAUGUGGCAAUGAGGGCAGGCUAGGGUUAUAUAAGAAUGUUACUUAAUGUAAUUCUAGGCAUCUUUCCAAUAUGAAAUAUUUCAACAUUUCCUGUUUGCUUCAGGGUUGUCUGUAAAUGUAAUUACAACUCAAAUUAUUUCAAA